UUUUAUUUUCAGUGUAAAUUUAUGUAUGAUAUAGGUUUUUUUUUUUUAUCUGUAGAUGAAUCGAAUGGGUUAAUAUAAAAGGUAGGAACUAUUAUUUUGUUACACAAUUUGGGGGGUAGUCGAGUAGAAUUCACAGUAGGACCUAAACAGUGACAUGUGUGGCGUUCAAGUAGCGUAGGUAGGAAUUAGACAAGUUUCAUGUUUUGUCCUGCAUUGAAACAUUUAUAAACACGACAAGAGACUGUCUUUUCUACUACUGUGAACAUGGACGCCCUGCAGAGGAGAGAGAUCCAGGAGGACAUGGUUCAGUACCAACUCUUCUUGAUGCAGCCAGACGGUUCAGCUUCACAGCACACUGAGGAAUAUCUCACACAUCUGGUGGAGGAGAUGUUGGCAAAGGUUGCCCCACUAUUGAUACAACACAUCUGGCAGCAUCAGUCAUUCAACCUCAAGUAUCAUCCUGAGAAAGGUGGUAUCCCUGCUCACAUUGGAGGUAGCACUCAGUUUGGGGAUAAUGUGGAGGACGAGUGGUUUGUUGUUUACCUCCUGCAGCAAAUCACAGAGGUCUUCCCAGAGCUUGCUGCCAGAGUUGAGGACAAUGAUGGGGAGUUUCUUCUGAUUGAAGCAGCAGAUUAUCUUCCCAAGUGGCUGAAUCCGGACACCAGUGAAAACAGGGUCUUCUUCUACAGAGGAGAAUUGCAUAUUCUGCCCUGUCCCUCCAAAUCCAGUCCAGUGGGGGUCUCAAAACAUGUGGCACCAAGUGUGGCACAAGCUCUAGCACUGCUCUCCUCCCACCCAGAGGCCUGUCGGGCAAGCCCCAAGAUCUGUUCAGCCCUGAGGAAGCGAUUAGAGGGGUACCCAGAGAAGAUUAAAGCUGGCCUCCAUCGUGCCCACUGCUUCAUACCCUCAGGUAUCGCCAUAGUGUUAGCACAACGACCAGACCUGGUCGCCCCCGCAGUGUCAGCGUUCUACCUGCGAGAUCCAGUAGACCUGCAGGCAUGUCGAAGUUUCAAGACCUUUCCCCCCGACACAAGAGUCCUCACCUCGGUGACAUUCACCCGUUGCCUGUACGCCCAGCUGCAGCAGCAACAGUUCACCCCAGACCGGAGGAGCGGCUUCACACUGCCUCCUCACUCUCAUCCCCAGUACAAAGCCCAUGAGCUCAGCAUGAAACUGGCCCAUGGCUUUGAGAUCCUGUGCUCUAAGUGCAUGUUGCCAUCAUCGGAGCCUGAUGCCCCCAUCAGUUGUAACCCUCAGUGGAAAGGCUUCAUGGACAGCCUGAAAAGGAACGGCUACUUCCGGGGAGAACUGGAAGGUUCGGCCCGUUACAGAGAACUGACAAGAUCUGCGGAAAACUUCUUCAAACAGUCCGUCGCUUCAAACUCAAGUGCUUCGUCCCCGGGUGAGGAUGUUCUCCAGCUGCUGCACGGCUGCAGUCCGUUCAACUUGGAGGAGCUGAAGAAACAAGAGUCACAGCUCCCCCAAGAGGACAAUGACAGCUGGCUGGAUAUCACAACUCAGGAUUUGGAGCGCAUGUUGCAGGAGAGGAGUGGGGGGAGAGCUGAUGUUGGCGGCCAAAACUCCAGCUCAACCAAACAGACACAGGGUGCAGAGGAGAGGAGGAAGGAGAUGGAGGGCGUCAAGGAGGAAGAGGAAGCUGUUUUCAGCCUGGUAGCAGUCAGUCAGGGGAUGAAGAACUUCCUCAAUGCCAUGUCGUCGCAUGAAGGUGCCGAACUUCCCUGGAGCAGUUCAACUCAGCCUUUCAGUUUUGAUCCUGACUCCAUGUCCAACGCACUGGACAGACUGCUAGGAAGCAAAGAAGAAGAGCUAGAUUCAGAUGAUCUAGAUGAUGAUGAUGAUGAAGGUGAUGAUGAUGAUGAGGAGGAGGAGGGAGAGAAAGAAGAGGGGUCCUCUGGUCACACAGAGGUGAACGGGACAGAAACGUUGGACGGUCUCAGAGGAUACAUGGACCAAAUGGAUCAGGAGCUGAUGAGCACUAAUAUAGGGCAAAGCUUCAGUCUGACGAAUUACAACAAGGCCGGCUCGGACAACGGCUCCGCUCAACCCUCCGCCACGGACGGUGUCCCGAAACAUGGAGGGGUGGAAGAGACAGAGGAGGAGAUCCAGCCUCUGGACGUCGACCUCAAUCUGGUCGCAAACCUGCUCGAGUCCCUCAGCUGCCAGGCCGGGCUGGCCGGACCGGCUUCUAACCUGCUACAGAGUCUGGGUAUACACCUACCACCCAACUCUGACCCCUCGUAAAGGACAAGAGGUAGGCUGAGAAACUGAAACACGCAGCAGCUGGGAUGAGCAUCUAGAGCUAAAGCUGGUAGCUGAAUGCCUUCAUUCACAUUGACAGUAAUUCGGUUGGCAAAGCACUCAUGGAUGUCGUAGACAUCCUGUGGAGCUUUUAUUGCAAGCAAACACUGUUUUGUUUACAUUAAGUGUUUUCUCACCGAAACUGUAAAACUGUAUUAUUUAGGAAUGAAAAAUACGUUGGGUGCAUUUCCUACAUCAUAAAACAUUCGCUUUUGGAUUGGACAUGCAUAGUUUGUAGUUUACAGUUAGUACUAAAUAUACUGUGCACCAGUACAAAAAAGGAAAGAAAGCUCAUACACGUGCACAAGAUACAUUUAAGAUGACAUUAAUUUAAACUACACUUAAAACUGCAUUUGGUAACUUUGAGCAAAUGUGCUAAAAAAGUUAUUUUUAAAAGACAGUCACUAUAUCCUGACAGUAGUGCAUGAGACAGAUCAUCUGUGAAAAA